AUGCAACACGAAGAACAGUGCGACACUACCUACGGUCAAGGCAACGGUCGUCGAGCGGGUGAGGAGGAACUCAAGAUGGAGGGGCACUUGUUGAUGAGGAUGAAGAGGAGGGAUCACCUGCUGCUCACUGACGGCGGUGCAGGGGCGGGGCCUCUGGCGGUGCAGUCGCCGCAGAUGCCGAUGGAGCCCAUGGAGUUCCUGUCGCGGUCGUGGAGCGUGUCGGCGUCGGAGAUCUCCAAGGUGCUGGCCGUCGGCGGCGUGGGCGGGAGGCAGAGCUCCAACUUCGUCGUCGACCGCCUGUCCGGGAUGCUCAUGCCGGAGACGCUCGCGCUCGCCGCCGCCUCCGGCACCAACAUCAGCCCCCGCAAGCGCACCCUCAGGAGCAGGAGCGCGAUCUCGGCGCACCAGGUCCACCACACGGUCCACGCGAUCGGGAAGUGGUUCCACCACUGGGACGCGAGCAGCAAGGUGGACAAGGCCCGCGCGGAGCGGGCGCGCGUGCACGCCGCGGUCUCCGUGGCGAGCGUGGCGGCCGCGGUCGCCGCCGUGGCCGCGGGCGCCGCGAGCCCCGAGAUGGAGGACGUCGAUGGCGCCAGGAUGGAGAGCGCGCUGGUGUCCGCGACGCAGCUGCUGGCGUCGCACUGCGUCGAGGUCGCCGAGCUCGCCGGGGCCGACCACGACCAGGUGGCGUCCGCCGUGGAGGCCGCAGUGGACAUGCGGAGCCCCGGAGAUCUGCUGACCCUCACCGCCGCAGCGGCCACGGCUCUCAGAGGAGCCGCGGCGAUGCGGCAUAGGGCGCAGCGGGACGCGAGGAGCAGGGCGGCCGUGGCGCCGUACGACAAGGCCGGCGGCAGCUGCCGCGCGGACGUCUGGUGCAAGGAAGGCGCGCUCCUCAAACGCAACCGCAAAGGCAAGCAGCCAUCUUUAUUCGCCACGUUACAAGCUGAUGUUAGCUUUGGGCUAGAAUCUGAAUCUAACCGAACUGCUGUUCCCACAGGCGCUCUGCACUGGAAGCAAGUGGCCGUGUACAUCAACAAGAAGUCGCAAGUGAUAGUCAAGCUGAAGAGCAAGCACAUCGGCGGCGCCUUCUCCAAGAAGAAGAAGGGCGUCGUCUACGGCGUCUACGACGACAUACCGGCGUGGCCGGCGCACAACGAAGGCGGCGGCGUGCAAAGCUCGGCGCCGGAGACGUGCCACUUCGGGCUGAGGACGGCGCAGGGCCUGCUCGAGUUCCAGUGCGAAAGCAGGGCACAGAGGCAGGACUGGGUGGAGGCGGUGAAGAACUUGAUCCGGCAGGUGGCCGGCGGAACUGCUCAGCUCGAGCACUCCUUCGAGUCCCUAAGGCUGAGCGCGUCUUAA